AUGGCGACACUAAGCCAGAGUAAAGUGACGGAAGUGCGUAGAAGCGAGGUGGACACGCGCAUUCUGACUGAGCUGUCACCUGUAAAUCUGCGUUCAGAUGAACGUGUUUGGCUUCUGAGUUGAAUUCUUCAAAAGCAUCCAGGCUAACGUUACAAGGGAAACAUGGCCAAAACUAAACAGAGAGGCAAAAAACAGCAGAAUGUCUUUCAGGUUGCGAACAGACAAGUGAAGCCUAAGACCAAAACAAAACCUGUGAAGACCUCCUUAAAAUACUUAAAUACGUUCAAAAAUGAGAAAGUGGAGGACUUGAAUCAGAUCUUUACAGAGGUACAGAGGGAUGUGAUUAGUAUAUCAAAAUCCACAUGCAGUGAACCAAAGAAAGAACAAAAGGUGGUCAGAGAAGCCCCACGGGAACCUGCAAAUGUGGAUAGUGCCACACAGCUUCUCUCUCAACUUUAAAUCUUCAAAGAUUUCAUUUUAGAUCAUAAAAUGGACUCUGGACUAAACCCAAAAUCAUCAAAGAAUUGAUAAUCUGUAUACACAUACAUUGCAUCCCAAAAGUUUCUGUGUGUAUGGCUUUUACCCCAGCUGCGUAUUCCUCCUGUCCUCUGGAUGCUGAGAAAUGCGUUUUCAAAAUUGAGACUAUUUCUGCAUAACCAAGCCUAAUGUACCAAGAAUACAUUAGCAACUUUCCCUAGUAGAGUAAAUAUUUGGGUGUGAAUGUUGUGUUUGUUGAAGCAUAAAAAACACCUAUUAAAGAGUGAAAUCUAGUAAUGUGCUUCAUGCCCAAACUGAAGAAAAACACUGCGUGUCCUGACUGCUCAAGGUCGCUAGAGGGCGUACAUUUAUUUAUCAAUACCAAAGCUGUACUUAAUUCAGCUCUGUGUUAUUGAUACUUGAAUGGCGUAUGGGUAAUUUUCUGGUGUUCAUAUCUGGUUGACAUUUUAUGAAGUAUGAAGACCCAUGUCACAAAUAUAAUAAAAAUAUUAUAAUACACAAUUAAAAUCUAUUACAGCAUCUUAUUUUCUUUAUCUGUAUCUUUGGAGUUAGUGCUGCUUUGACAGUAUCUGGGACAUUCAGCUUUUACAAAACAUGUAUACUGUGUUCACAAAAAACAAACCAUUAGAGAUAAAUAUUAAUAUAAUGAAACUCCUCUGUUUUGUAGUGUGAUUGUCUGCUGUAGCAAAGGAUGCCAUUUAACCAUUGAAAUGAGUUUAGUGUCCUAAUAAAAGACUGCACA